GAAGAACAUAAGACUUUUACCUUGUGUAUUCCUUUUCCACAUACAAUUCCUACUAGAGAUUCAUUAUCACGCUGAUCCGCGAAGUACGAUCCUCACAUUUUGCCACUCAUCCUUUGGUGACGCCUGACAAUGGUCUCUACACAAAGAAGCCAACCCCCUGAGACUCGCGAACCUAGUACGCCAGCAGAGAACCAACCUGAACAGCCACCUACCCUAGUUCGCGAGGAGACUACAAAUCCUGACACCUCAGCUCUCUCAACCGUCGACGAAACUGAAACAAACUCCGCGACCUCAGAGAGAGAGUCUACUUUAACAUCAAAAGAUGAAAUCCAACAGCUUCGCGAGAAAACCAAACUACUAAAGAAAAUGGUGAAAUGGCAAGCAAAGUUGAAUGACACUCUCCAAACCAGCCAAAAGCACUUGCGAAGUGAAUCCCUUGAUAUAGCUACCUCCAAUCCAACACCCGCGAAGCGCUCGUCAGUUUUGAGCCCACUGCAACACACAAAGCUCUACCAGACUGGCACCUACAAAGAAUACCGGCGGUUCACCUCCAAUAUUGAAUCCAUUCGCGACGCCAGCGGAUUGAAUAAUGAGGAGACCCUCGCGUACGCCCUCAUUGGACUCGACUAUAUUGAGAGCGAGCUUUGGGGGGUCUACCGCGAACAGAACCCAUUGAAGAACAACUGGAAUGGCCUCAAGGAAUUCCUACACAUGAGGCUAGGAGAUCCGACAAACCGCACGCGAAAAUCUUGGCGAGCACUUUUUAGCCUUCGCAAGAGUCCAGAUGAAACCGACUAUGCCUAUCACCGACGAUUCCUGGAGCGCACAUUAGAAAUUGGUGAAGAAUUUGAAGACCUCGCGAAGCUAAAGAAGAACCUCUUUAUAUGGAGCUUGGAUAAGCCCAUGCGAACCAAACUGGAUGAACAGCUGGAAAUACCAGAUGACAUUGAUGACAUAGUAGCACUGGCUACCCGACUCCGACCAAGUGUGUCAGUGGCCUAUGCAAAGAAUGCCCCACACGCGAAGCCUACCAAUCCAGUUGGAAGUGCUCGCAGAGGUAUGAAGACCAAUGACUCAAGGCUGCCAAUGGAUAAGAGGAGUCAACCCCAGAGACCCGUACGGGAGAUGGGGAAGGACCUUAUCAAGGAUCGCGAAGCCUUAAGGAAGGAUGGGAAGUGCUUUGAGUGUCGCCAAAAGGGGCACCUCGCGAGAGACUGUCCCAAGAAGAAGGCGUGGCUUGACGUUCGCAAUAUCAAGACCACCUAGCCUAACAAGAAAUUGGACUUGUUGAGGCUUGGGUCUUGUAGGAUUGUGGAGAGGGUAGACUCACAAGCCUACAGGCUGGAGCUGCCUCCAGGUCUGCGAACUCAUAACAGUUUCCAUGUAUCCCUGCUCCGCGAGCACGAGACCCGUGAAGGAAUAGAUAGCUCACCUCAUCAUGAAGUUCGCGAGGCAGACAAGGAUGAGAGGGUGUAUCAGAUCCGCGAGAUAAUUCACUCAAAAGAGAGAGGAUCACAAGCUGUGGUACAGAGUGCAUUGGGAAGGUUAUGAUGAUGAGAAGGACAAGACAUGGGUUCUGUGAGGACUACAACCCUUCUGACUGAGCUGGCAGACCAGUGGAAGGUUGUGCCAGGGCGAAGCCCUAAACCCUAGGCAGAGGAUUCACUAAAGGAAUAAAUGUUUAUCCAACAUGGAAGCUUAUUGUGUGUAUAUAGUGAGCUCUCACCCUGAACCCCCUUUCUAGAGCCUGUCUUAGUAUUUUGUUAUUAUAGCUACCUAGUUGGCAACAGUGAUUCUCUUCCUACAGCG